UCUCUCUCUCAGCUUGUCAAUAUUCAAGGUGGUCAUUUCCAGCUAUACUUGCUUACUAUUUUGCAGCUGAUGUUGUACCCCCUGGUCUUUAUCACAGAUUGAAAUUAAUUAUAUUACUUAGUCUUGUAGCUUGUAGUGAACCAAGAAACAGGAUGAUCGAUGUAUUGCUUAUUAUUGACAAUGAUUCACAAUACAUAGCAAGACAAUUGUUAACAUAUUCAUCUACCGUUACUAAUAAUAGAUCAUCUGCUGUUACUAAUAAUAGAUCAGUAAUACAUACUGUUAAUGGAGGGGUACAUUUGAAUGGUACAUUUAGAAGAGAUGAAGGACUAGAAUGGAUUGAUGCUGGUAGUUUGAUAUUAUCAAAAGGUGGCGUUUGUUUUAUUGACAAUAUUAAUAGUAUGAAGAAAGAUGAGAAGGAACAACUGCAGCAAGUUCUUGAGUCUGGCUACAUUACAAUACAUUCAAACAGGAAGUCAAUCAGCAGUUCUUCAUUGACAGUACCUCUUAACUGUACACUGUGGCUCUUGUGUGACUCUAAUCUCAACACUGAUCAUGUCAUGCAUAAACCUUUACAUGAACUGUCUGGUACAUGUGCAAGUAAAUCUUUGAUGGAUCACUCUGGUUUAUUAUUACUUGUUGAUUCUUCUGAUGAUUAUGUUGAUCAAAUCAUGUCUGCUCAUCUGAUUAAUAAAGUAACGAGAGACAGAAGCUUAUCAACUCAUCCACACCCUCUUUUAACAAAUGAGGAAAUAAUUGAGAUACUUUCAUUUUGUUCCAGUAUUGAUGUUACAAUACAAUCAGAUGCUCAUCAGUUAUUAACUAGCUAUUAUGUUGCUAGUAGGAGACUCAGAGGUAGUGACACUCCUCUCACUGCACUGAAUACACUGUAA